AUGUCCAGAUUCUCUAAAAAGAAUUUUUUUAAGCAAGUCUUCACAUUCAAGCCAAAAGUCCACCUUCUGCAUCAUAUCACUGACAACAUUGUUUGUUUUGGUUCCAUGCUGCAAUACGAAACUGAAAAUGGUGAACAGUUCAAUAAGUUUAUCUGCAAAUAUUUAUUUAAGACCAACCACCAUUCCACCUCUCGAGACGUUGCUACAAGAUUUGACAAGCAAUUCGUCUGUUGGCGUCUUUGUAAUAGAGGAUCAUAUAUCAUAGAGAGACCAGCUGGUAAUGGAACAAGAUCUGUAAGAAGUUCAAUUGGUGAUUUUGUCAAGCUCCCAGGCUUUAAUCUCUAUUUCUUUGAUUCUUGUGUCAACAGUGACAAUUCCGGGUUGUUGACUCCCACUUUGUGUGAUACACUUGCAGGUGUUUUUCAAUCAAAUAGUCAAUUAUUCCUUGGUCAGGUUGCUCUUUUAUUAAAUAUGAACAUCAACUUCAAUACCCCUAUUGAGAAGAUGUACUCGCUUAAAACAACUCUCUCAUUCCCCGAGAAUGAUUAUCUUGACAAACAAAGCGUUUUGGAGGCCGUAAACGAGUACGCCCUUUCUAACAACUUUUCCGUCAAAAUUAAGGAUGUAAAGUUUCCAACACUUCACCUUGCUUGUUCAAAGGCUGGUGCCUAUUGUGAUAAGUGUAACAUCAGCGAGGAUAAAAGAAAGAAGGCCCCUAACUCUUCUCUCACUGGAUGCCCCUUCCUAUUGAGAUUUUCUUUUAAAAAUAAGAGUCAGAGAUACCUUCCCUUGCCUGCCCGCGGUGACAAUGAACAUUGUCAUAACCACCCCAUCACCCCAAACAACUUAGCGUCUUCUCACCAGGGAAGAAUGUCUCUCCUGACUUUGGAAGAUGCAAUUAUUGCAAAGACAAUGCUAGAAAACCAUGCCAAGACUCGUGAUAUUCAGAAAGCUACAAGAGAUAAGAUCACAGGAAUGAGAAAGCUGAGAAUUAGCAAUAUCAACAACCUGAAGUAUAGCUCUUCUUGUGGUGGUGAAUCAUCAAUUCACGGUGCUACUGGGCUCAUAAGAACUAUGAAAGCAAAGGGAUUUUCCGUCCUUUAUCAAUUCAAUGAGAGAAAAAGCCUCACGCAUAUUUUCUUUACAAAUGAGACGAUUGUUGUAAAUGAGUAUUGA